AUCACCAUCUCUGGUAUAUUUUAUUCAGAAAAUUAGUGUUUGAUUCAAUGGCAGACACCACAGCCAAAGUGAGCCUGAGACUUCUGGUAGACAAAAAGGCCGAGAAAGUCCUCUUCGCUGAAGCCAACAAAGACUUCGUUGAUUUUCUGUUCAAUUUACUGUCUCUGCCUAUCGGAACGGUGAUCAGGCUUCUGUCCAAACACGGAAUGGUGGGUUGCCUUGGCAACCUAUAUGAGAGCGUCGAGACUUUGAAUGACACUUACAUGCAGGCAUCACAGGCGAAGGAUUCCCUGUUGAAGCCCGAGUUUUUUGCAUCCGGAGAAGCUGUUCCUCUCUUGUUGCCAAACAUUCAGACAGCAACUUCUACAAAAUUCUAUAAGUGUCCAAGCUGUGGCGUGCAUGCGGCAUAUGACCCAACUGCUACCUGUCCCCGAUGUGGACGCUUAAUCAAUUCACUGAUGACCUUUGUUGAGUCACCAAAGAACCCAUUUUCCCCUGUAAAUCAGGGAGGUUUUGUGAAAGGGGUGGUGACAUACAUGGUUAUGGAUAACCUUGAGGUCAAGCCUAUGUCAACCAUUACUGGAAUAUCCAUGCUGAACAGGUUCAAUGUCAAGGAAAUUGGGUCUCUUGAAGACAGGGUGGUUGAUCUGGGAAUGGAUCAGGGGGUUAAACUGCUCAAGGCUUCAUUGCAGUCUAAAAAUGUUCUUACUGAUGUCUUCCUAGGGAGAGGCGGCCGGGGUCUAAAAUGAUGUGCAAACCGCAAACAACGGUGAUCGAAGCAUUAUAAUUUCAUGUAAUUUUGCUUUAGGUUAUGUUUAAGAAGAUUAGACCAAAUAAAUUUUUUGGUUAAUUUUAUUAAGAUCCCUAGUGAAAAUAUUAUGCAGGUUCUGAAUAUUUGGAUUAAUGUCCUACAUUCUCGUUUUUGGUGUAAUUAAUCUUGCUGGUCCAAGCUGCUGUAAGAAGCGAAUUCUAAUAUAUUUUGUCUAAUUUU